CUGAGGACCUGCAAGGACCCUUGUGAAAUUGUCUUCACGCCUAGCUUGUUACUAUUAACAACUUGCUAACAUUGCCGGUCAAGGUGGGGUUUCGUUCCUGCCUUAUACAAUGGCUAGUAUUAUAUCGUCAUUUGUUAUUUUCCUACAACUUGUUUGCAUCACAGGCGCCGUUUUUGAAGAUCAAGUUGGAAAAUUCGAUUGGCGACAGCAAUACGUGGGCAAUGUGCGCUUUGCGCAUAUAGACUCGCAAUCGCAGGCCUCUAAGAAGCUACUUUUAGCUACCGACCAGAAUAUCUUUGCCUCACUUAAUUCCAGGACUGGAGACCUCACUUGGCGACAUGUAGACAAGGCAGGACCAGAGGGAAUUAUUGAUACUCUUCUCGUGCAUGGAAAAGAUGCUGUAUUAGUUGUUGGUAAUGGUCGCCUGCUUCGUUCCUGGGACACAAAUAUUGGAGGGCUCAACUGGGAAAUGGUGCUUGACACUGGAAGUUUCCAGUCAGCAUGUUUGGUGAUGCAAAACUCUAUGAGAUAUGUGGCUGUUCUUAAGAAAGCUGCUAUUUCCGUCCACUACCUCUCUGAUGGCCAUGAGGAAUGGGUAGAGAAUCUCCCUGAGAGUCACACUGUGAAUUACCAGGCAGUCUACUCCGGGGGCGAUGGGGAACUUUAUGUUCUGGGAGUGGUUGCUCAUUCACACCUUGCAAUUAUAGAGUAUGACAUUAAAACCGGAGAAAUCAUGAACCAGAGGUCAGUUGAAGCUCCAUGGCUCUCCAGUGUGCAGGGCAGCUGUGUGGUGGUAGGCCAGGGGACCCUGGUGUGUGUUGACCCUGUCACCAUGGCUCUCUACACCCUUCCCCUCCAGACAGAGGGACAGAUGAACCAGAUACUCCUGCAGUCUCUUGACCUGGAGGUGACCCCAGGGUUCCAGCCCGUCCUUGUUUCCACCCAGCCUAACCCAGCUCGGCCUCCACUGUCAGAGUUCUUCCUUCAGCUGGGGCCAGACCAUCACCUCUUGAUGCAGCUAAACAACGAUCUCAUCCUCACCCUCAGAGACUUCAAACCUGCUUUCCUUGUUUCCUUUGCAACUACAGGGGAGAAGACAGUGGUUGCUGUCAUGAUGCCCAAAAAUGAAACUGCAAGCUCCAUUAAUCUUUUCAGUGCUGAUUCUGGCCGCAGGCUCCUUGACACAACUGUAAUCUAUAAUAUAGAUCCUAAUGGGGGGAAGCCAUGCAAGCUGUAUGUCCAUGCCUUUCUAAAGAAGGAUGAUUCUGUUGGCUAUAGGGUUCUUGUGCAAACUGAAGACCAUGCUCUCACUUUCAUACAACAACCUGGCCGUAGUGUGUGGAACAGAGAAGAGGCUCUGGCUGAUGUGGUUACCAUGGAAAUGGUGGAUCUACCACUUACUGGGACCCAGGCGGAGCUUGAGGGAGAGUUUGGCAAGAAGGCUGAUGGGCUGUUGUCCAUGGUUCUGAAGAGACUGUCCUCCCAGCUCAUCCUGCUGCAGGCGUGGCUUGCCCAUCUGUGGAAGCUGUUCUAUGAUGCACGCAAGCCCCGCAGCCAGGUCAAGAACGAGGUGACCAUCGAGAACCUGUCCAGAGAUGAGUUUAAUCUGCAGAAGAUGAUGGUUAUGGUGACUGCUUCUGGGAAGCUUUUUGGCAUUGACAGCAAGUCUGGCACCAUCUUGUGGAAACACUACCUGGAGAAUGUCCAGCCUAAUGCAGCCUUCAAGCUGAUGGUGCAAAGAACCACCGCACACUUCCCUCAUCCCCCACAGUGCACUUUACUUAUCAAGGACAAGAGCACUGGACUUGCCACUCUACAUGUUUUCAACCCCAUCUUUGGAAGGAAGAGUCAUAUUGCCCUGCCUGCUUUGCCCCGGCCUGUUCUCCAGUCUCUGCUGCUACCGGUCAUGGACCAAGAUUAUGCCAAAGUCCUGCUGCUUGUUGAUGACCAAUACAAGGUGACCGCUUUUCCCUCAACAAAGAAUGUGCUGCAACAGCUGCAAGAAAUGGCGUCCUCCAUAUUUUUCUAUCUGGUGGAUUCAAACCAGGGAAGACUGAGUGGGUUCAGGCUACGCAAGGACCUCUCUACUGAGCUCAUCUGGGAGGUGGUAAUCCCCACCGAAGUGCAGAGGAUUGUCUCAGUCAAGGGGAAGAGGCCUAAUGAGCAUGUGCACUCCCAGGGCAGAGUGAUGGGAGACAGGAGCGUGCUUUACAAGUACUUGAACCCUAACCUCCUGGCCGUAGUGACUGAAAGCACAGACCUGAAUCAGGAGCGCAGCUUUGUGGGAAUGUUCCUGGUUGAUGGUGUGACUGGACGCAUCAUUCAUGAAGCCAUCCAGAGGAAGGCCAGAGGACCAGUGCAUUUUGUCCACUCCGAGAACUGGGUAGUGUAUGAAUACUGGAGCACAAGGUCCCGGAGGAAUGAGUUCUCUGUGCUGGAACUCUUUGAGGGAAUGGAGCUGUACAACAGCACUGUGUUCAGCUCACUGGACCGCCCUUACCCACCCCAGGUCCUUCAGCAGUCCUACAUCUUCCCCUCUCCCAUCACCACCCUGGAGGCCACACUCACAGAGAAGGGCAUCACCAGUCGCCACCUCCUGGUGGGUCUGCCAUCAGGAGCCAUUUUGUCUUUACCCAAGAUGUUUGUGGACCCACGGAGACCUGAGAUUGUCUCUGAGCACAGCCGUGAAGAAAACCUGAUACCCUAUGCCCCAGAGAUGCCUAUUCGUACAGAGUGGUUCAUCAACUACAACCAGACAGUGUCAAGAGUGCGAGGAAUUUAUACUGCCCCCUCUGGCCUGGAGUCCACUUGUCUGGUGGUGGCAUAUGGUCUUGACAUCUACCAAACCAGAGUCUACCCAUCCAAACAAUUUGAUGUACUGAAGGACGAUUAUGACUAUGUACUGAUUAGUAGUGUACUUUUUGGACUGUUUUUUGCUACUAUGAUUAGUAAACGCCUGGCAGAGGUGAAACUGCUCAAUCGGGCAUGGCGGUAAAGUAUUCACAGAUGACCAGUAGGUCUCUGUCUUUAUCUUGCCACUGCUACAUGGGUAACCCCAGCCCAUGGAUAUCGACAGGCUGAAACCGUCAUCUCAGCCCGUAGUCCGUAUCAGUGUUCCAUGUGGAGUUGCUGGGGGAAAUAUAAAAUCAUGAUGGCU